AUGGAGGCUCAAACCGAGUACCCAAGUUUCUUCUAUAACAACAUGGCAGGGCCGCCAGCUGCUGCUCCACCGGCUGCUCCACGGCAAGAGAGCAAUACCGCUCAUCCAAGGUACAGCAUGGAGCGGGCCGCCCAACAACAGUCACCAGCACAACCCCAGUAUUCUACCCACCCUCAAACCCAAUCCCAGCCACGUUCGACGAUGAGCUUUGGACCUGGAGGAUUGGUGAGGGACCCUAGGUAUCAAAACGCCUUGGUUCCAGUACGGGCGCCUCCAUCCACAGAUAACCUAAAGCCAAUUCCGAGGGCUGCGAAGACAGUGAACGAUAGUCUCAAUGCUGAAACGAGGUACCCCGAGUUGGACAAAAUCCUGGCACAUGGGAUAUCCUAUCAAUACGAAAACAUGGAUCAGGAACGAGCACCUUUUCAUAGGACAAACCUUUUCGAAAUACCAGAUCAGAUAUUUGAGGCCUACAACCAGGUUCAGGUAUUGACCAAGAUGGGGUUGUUCGCAGAAAUUGGUAGGGCCUGGAUCGUUGUAGACCACAUGCUGUACCUCUGGAACUUCUCCAGUGGUGGAGAUUUCCAGGAGUACGCAGAACCCUCCAGGAACAACAUCCUAGCUGUCAAUCUUCUAAAGCCACGGGCCGGAGUUUUCGUUGAUAGUGUCACUCAUAUCCUCCUUGUUGCCACGAGCACAGAUAUUAACAUCUUGGGAGUCGCAGCAAACCCAAAUGGUCGACCCUUCAAUGGUUGUGACCUUCAAAUCUACAAGACAAACAUGGCUCUGAGCGCCAAGGGCGUCAACAUUAACAUUAUCGAAGGUUCCGCUAAAAACGGUAGAAUAUUUUUCACCGGGACGCUGGACAACGAAGUUUACGAGUUGACGUACCAGGAGCAAGAAGGUUGGUUUCAGCCUAGGUGCGGAAAGAUAUGUCAUACGCAAACUGGGAUAAUAGCCCAGUUUGCACCAAAGAUCUCCUUCCUCUCCGGCCCCCAGACUUCCGAGCACACUAUUCAGAUGGUGGUUGACGACACCCGCAAUCUUCUUUACACCCUUUCUUCCACUUCAACAAUUCGUGUUUUCCAUAUGGGCCCCGGAAAUGUCCUGACUCUCGCAAUAACCAUACCUUUUGAAAGGGCUCUAUCACACAUCAGAGUCACACAUGGGCUCCCUAAAGUUCUGGACCGCACAACGCCAUUUGUCUCUAUCAGCGUUGUCACAUCACAGCAAGGGAGAAGAGCUAAUCUUGUCGGAACGACAACAACUGGCUGUAGAAUCUACUUCAGUGCCGCUUCCGCUUAUGGGUCCGGAUAUGGAGGUGAUAGACCCCCCUCCGAUAUGCAGGCUACCCAUCUUCGGCUACCUCCAGUGGCACCUGGUGAGAAGAAUGGAAAUUCUCGAGAUUUUGGCGCAUCAACUGCCCUUGGUACGACUCGUAAAGCGGCAGUUUUUGCGCCUGGCUAUUUUAUAUGCUGCGUAGGGAAAGAGGAACUCUCUGACGUUAUCUAUAUGGCGGCACCGGACUCUGCCAAGAUACUUUUCACAUCCGAUAUGACACAGAACCAGGUAACUUUGUGGGAAGUCGGGUCGUGGCUCGAUCCUGAAAGCCGCAUCGAAGCUAUCCAACCGAUGACUUCUCCAUUCGCCGCCACCCCGACCCCUGGUGGAUUUGGGAAUGAAAUGGCCGUUCAGUUCGACCAAGCCCCCACGGAAAUCGCGAUUCUGACAAGCAAUGGAAUCCAUAUCAUCAAGCGUCGUAGAUACGUCGAAGUCCUUGCUAAUAUGAUCAAAUAUGGAUCCUCAAACCCAAACAGUCUUGGCGUUGAAGGGGAAGUAAGGAAAUUCUUUGAGUCUUACGGUAGAGCCGAAGCUUGUGCUGCUGCGUUGGCUGUUGCCUGUGGUGCUUUGUCUGCGGAUUCAUUUGAUUCUCGCGCAAUCGGUAAGGUUACGGAUACGGAAAUCGCGGAGCUAGCUCGGAAGUUCUUCAUUGAGUUUGGUGGGAAGGCUCGCGUCGAGAAUGAGUACGAUUCAACGUCAGCACCAUCCUUGGACAGUGUUAGAGUAUCUGGCCGACAUGACGGUCUGGCUCUUUAUACUACCCGAAUCGUCCGUUCGAUAUGGAAAGUUCAUAUUGUGAAUUACGCAGCCACCCCUAGUGGCGGUGAGACAUUCUCAGGGGCUGUGCCUGUCCCCAAACUCCAGAUUAUCCAGGAACAAUUGCAGAGACUUUCUGAGUUCUUGGCUGAGAACCGAACGUAUAUUGAGGGCCUAUCCGGGGCAGAAUCACUCAUGCGUGUUGGUACCCGUGUUGAAGAAGUGGCCCAACAGGCUGAGCAUAGAGCGCUGCAUUCGUUGGUUCAACUUAUUUCCGCCAUGAUUGAGGGUAUUUCUUUUGUCUUGACAUUACUCGACGAUAAGUUAGAUGAGGUCAUCGGGCUUCUCCAAGAUAGCGUCAAACCUCAGGUCAAGGAACUGACCUUUGAGACGCUAUUCACCACGGAUGCAGGUCGUGCUUUGGCCAAAGAACUUAUUGCGGCUAUGGUUAACCGCAACAUACAAGCUGGCGCAAGUGUUGAUAUAGUAGCGGAUACCUUGCGAAAGCGGUGCGGCAGUUUCUGCAGUGCCGAUGAUGUCGUUUUGUACAAGGCAAUUGAGCAACUUAGAAAGGCCAGGGAUACUACAGAUAUCGAUACCAAGUCUCGUUUGCUACAAGAGAGCGAGCAUCUUUUCUCCCAGGUUGCCUCCACUCUAUCCUUAGAGACACUUUCUGACGCUAUGGGAGAAUUCCUCUCUCUCCAGUUCCCUUCAGGAGCUAUCCGUAUCGCUCUCGAUGUUGCAAAGGCAUCAGAUCGUGGUAAUCUAGCUAUCGGAUACCUCUUAGACGGCUCACCCGUUGAGGAUCCAAGGCGAAAGCAAUACGAAGCCAGAUCCGCCAUCUACGAAACGAUCUUCCCGGUUCUUGAAGCCCUUGAUGAGGAGGCUAGCAGAGCCCCGGCAACUCUCGAUGGCUCUCUUAGCGACUCUCAGCUCCGACACCAAGUAGCUUAUCAAGUUGUUUGGGAUUCCAAUGACGAAGUCUUCCAAUCCUGCCUGUUCGAUUGGUUCUUUUCCAGAGGCCUAUCAGAGAAAUUACUUAGUUUCGAAGGCCCAACGAUCAUUCCAUAUCUGAAGAGGCGUGCUUCUACCUCUAUCCAACAUGCUGACUUGCUCUGGCAGUACUACUCUCGCCGAGAGAUUUUCUAUGAAGCUGCAUUGACGCUUCGGGAGUUAGCCAUGAGCAACUUUCCGAUUGUUCUAGAUAAGCGUAUAGAAUAUCUCAGCAGAGCUCGAGGACUUAGUAACUGCCGUUGUCCAGUCGGCUCUCGACAAGCUAUGAAUGAGCUUCUCCAGAGAAUCCAAGAGGCAAUGGAUGUCGCUAUGAUACAGGCCGAUAUCCUAAGAAAGGUCAAGGAUGAUUCUAGGAUUAGUGCCAACAAAUUAGAGAAUCUUGUCCAACAACUUGAUGGCGAGCUACUUCCCCUAACUGAUCUGUUUAAUCGCUUCGCCGAUGCUUAUGGUUACUGGGAUAUCUGCCUCCAAAUCUUCCAGGGUGCAGACUACCACGGCACUCACGAAAUCAAGCGAGUCUGGCAAAACUUGCUAGCAAAGCUUCACACCGAAACAGCUGCUGACCAAACCAAGAAUGUCCACGAGGUUGUCUCAGACGAGUUUCGUAACCUUGGCCACCGGUUCUCUCUUUCAGAAUAUAUCUUCCCACCGGAAGAUCUUGUUCCGAUGCUAGAGAUAUUUGCUGUUGAAAAGGUCCCAGACACGAUGCAUACUUCAUGGGUUCCACAAACCUUUUUGGAUGCCGGUGUUAGCGCAGAACUACUGCUCCGUAUCCUUGAUGCUAUGUUCUUUCGUGACGAGGUUCCAUUCAAGGGUUCACAGCGAAAGAGGCUUGCUAGGGACGCCAUCUAUGUCGCCGAUAAGUGGUUCAGAACUGCAGUCAAGAAAAGAACCAAGACGACAGUGUUUGGAGGUGUAGACCAAGUUGAGGGUGGGUUCAAGAAACACUACGUUGUUCAGACAUUGGAGAGAUAUAAAGGGAUUCUGAGCGGUCCGGCUGAUCAAGCCCUUGCGGAGAAGCUCGAGAGACUGCUGAACGAUAUUAGGAGGGUUUGA